UGAAGACAUAAAGAUGGCGUUUAUUAAAGAGGAGAGUGAAGACAUAAAGAUGGCGUUUCUUAAAGAGGAGAGUGAAGACUUCAAGAUUGAAGAAACAUUCAGUCUGAAACAAGAAGACACUGAGGAAUACACAGGCCUGAUGCCACUGAAAAUGGAAAGUCAAGUAUUGAAUGAAAAGGAAGAGAAAAAUCAUGAAGACCUAACUGAAGAAAAAUAUUUUUGUUGCUCACAGACUGAAAAGACUUUGAAAAGAAUUCACACUGGAGAGAAGCCUUUCACCUGUCAACAGUGUGGAAAGAGUUUCUCUGAAAACGAAAGACUUGAAGUCCACAUAAGAUUUCACACUGGAGAGAAGCCAUUUACCUGCCAACAAUGUGGAAUGAAUUUCACUCAAAUAGGAAACCUUAAUUACCACAUGAGAAUUCACAAUAGAGAGAAGCCUUUUACCUGCAAAUUGUGUGGAAAGGGUUUCACUUUUAAAGGACACCUUAAAAUACACAUGAGAAUUCACACUGGAGAGAAGCCUUUUACCUGCCAACAGUGUGGAAAGAGUUUCAGAGUUAAAGUAAGCCUUAAUUGCCACAUGAGAAUUCACUAAAGAAAGGACUGUUAUAUUUGUCACUAGUGUCAUCAUAUGUCAUCUUACCUCAGUUUUCACACUGGAGAGAUCCCUUACACGUGUCUUCAGUGUGGAAAUAAAGUAGCCGAUAAAUCAAAGAGAGUUGAAAGGUCCAUUGCCAACUCAUUCUGAAAAAGAAGUUGUAAUGUUCCUCAGACUGAAAAGAUUGAGAAUAAAAUGAAAUAUCUUAACUGUAAAGUAUGUGCGAAGGGGUGAAUCAUCUGAAUAACUAAAUGCGUUCUUGCUAAAGUCCCAAAGCUUUCAGAAUGAAUGUAAAUUUCUGACAUCAGCACCAGCAUGUCUGGAUGAGACUGUUUCUGACAACAUUUAAAACCCUGUGAUCCCCCCUCCCCUCCCCCAGAGCCAUGCCAGGCAGCCCCAAAAUUAAAUCAAGUGGUUUAGUAUAUA